UCGAUCUUAAAUCGAUAUUUUUAAAUUUUGUGUGCUUUAUUUUUCAUUUCCACGCUAUCGAUUGGGGCGACGAUGGUUUUUGCCUUCUGUAUAGCGUGUUUCGUGUCAUAAUUGUCAUUGUUAUUCCUCUAAAAUAUGCUUGAAUGUCUGGACUGAUCCUUCACUACAAGGCCGCUGCGCCUUCGCUCUCUCAGCUGCUUCGGUGUAGCGGCUGUGUAAAUUGAUACGUAAAUUUAACGUUAGCUUGUUGGUUAAAGGAAAUAACAGAUUGUAUCGCGUGUGUUAUGAAUGGUAAUUUGUUUUUCUCGUUCGGGAAAAAUUGCCGACAGCUAUACGGUAUAGGCCAUUUAACUCUGUCGAUUGCAGUGCCGCGCAAACAGAAUUAGUGUUUACAUUUUUCGGUGCAUAACGUUAACAUCAGGCUUUGGGGGGGUUAGCUUGCUGGCUAGCUUUACUGUUACAGAAGCCGACACUGCGUAAAUCGUCUUGUCGCCCUCCGUUUAUACUUUUAUUUUACUUCGACCGUCUCUUACGAAAGGUAUCAUUUUAAUUAUGUGGUUGUAGAGCUACACUUUUGCUCAAAACAGUCCUCAGUGUGCGGCGUCCAACUGCGGCUAACGUUGAAUUAGCCACCUAUUCCAGGCUUCCCUAGGGAGUUCAAGUCCAGUUGGCUCUUUGUCGUCAGAGGACCAUGACUUUGACCCAACAGCAGAGAUGUUAGUUCACGAGUAUGACGACGAGAGGACCCUGGAGGAGGAAGAGUCUUUGGAGGGAGGGAGGAAUUUCCGCUCUGAGCUUGCAGAUCUGGAAAAGGAGGGGAACAUGCCUUUGGAGGAACUUUUGGCCAUCUAUCGCUACGAAGCCUCAGCAGGCUCCAGUAUAGACAGCUCCUCUGGAGACCUGACUGAUGAGCUGCCAGACAUGACGCUGGACAAGGAGGAAAUAGCUAAAGACCUGUUGUCUGGGGACUAUGAGGAGGAAACCCAGUCGUCAGCUGAUGAUCUGACCCCCUCUGUAACCUCGCAUGAGGCGACGGAUUUCUUCCCAAGAACACUUCGAUCCAACGCCAUCUCUGAUGGUGACAAAGAGUCAGAGUGUGAUGAAGAUGGCCCAAGCCCAGAGGAUUCCAGGAAGGAAAUAAUGGUGGGAACAGAGUACCAAGCAGAUGUUCCUUCUUGCCUCUGUCACUACAAAGAUGGGGAGAAAGCUUAUGAAGAUGAAGACGAGUUAUUAUGGAGCCCAGGUACAUUGUCAGAGAACAAGGUUAGGAGUUUCCUGUGCGACGUGUUGUCACGGACAACAGAUGAAAAGACAGGAUGUGACAAACCAGGGAUGCACGUUCGAGACAAUGAACAGGCUUUAAAUGAGCUCGUCAAGUGUAACUACAACACUCGUGAAGCACUAGAAAGACAUUGCAGCCGUGUAAAGUCCUCAAAAGGAAAAUCACCUCCGUGGUCAGAAGAGGAAUGCAAGAACUUUGAACACGCACUACAGAUGUAUGACAAGAAUUUUCACCUUAUACAGAAACACAAAGUGACAACACGAACAGUAGCAGAAUGUGUGGCGUUUUACUACAUGUGGAAAAAGUCGGAGCGCUUCGACUUUUUUGUACAGCAGAAUCGGUUUGGGAAGAAAAAGUAUAGCAGCUAUCCCGGUGUAACUGACCUGAUGGACAGGCUGGUGGAUGAAGCAGAAGGACUGGCAGUGGACAGUUCCUCCUCUGUGUGUUCGGGAGCAGGCGGAGGAGGACGGCUGGAAACCACCGCCGACCAACAGCUCAGCCUGCUCAACUCUAUCACUGCCAGCGACCUCACAGCUUUGAGUAACAGUGUAGCCACAGUGUGCAGCCCUGCAGAGGUUAGUUGCCUGGACUCCUACAGCUUUCCUCCACUGGACAGUCUCCAUCGUGGGUCCCUGAACCACGACGAAUCCCUUGGGUUCCCUUCUAACGGCGCGGACCCCGACUGCCUCAACAUGCUCGACGCCGGCUUCUACCACUCUGACCUGGGCCAGCUAGGAGGAGUGUGCGUCAACAAGGACUGUGAGCGGCCCUCCAAGAGACUCAAGAUGGCCCUGCCCGACUCCUUUAUCAAUGACGUGUCUGUGGGUAACCUCGGCGUGGACUUUGAAGCGCGACGGACAGCGGCGCAUCACCACCGAAUUACUGGCGCCAAAAUGGCGGUGUCCGUCACAGACUUUGGGAGCUUGGCCGGCAGCAACGAGCCCAACGGGUUUCUGGGAGCACAUGCACGGCACCACACACAGCACACUGCGGCACUUCAGUCAGAGUGAUCUUCGUCGUCUUCUCCCCUUGUUUCUCCCUUUUGAAAAAUCCCUUAUCCAGCGUGUACAUAAGACUGACCUCACUGGAGAAUCUGAUUUGUUUAAAUUAUAUAUAUAUAUAUAUAUAUAUAUAUAUAUAUAUAUAUAUAUAUAUAUAUAUAUAUAUAUAUAUAUAUAUAUAUAUAUAUAUAUAUAUAUAUAUAUAUAUAUAUAUUACACUUUUGUUUUCAUUUUUUGUGUAAUAUGACAUCAGUGAUGUCUAUCAUAUAGAACUAAAAUCUUGAUUUCUGUCAAGAGUUUAUAUAGCCAUUUAUUUUAUUUUUGUUUUGCGGUCUUGAGAUGUAUAACGUCCAUGUACAGUGGGGCCCAGAGGCUGCAGUAGGAGAGUUGUGUAUCUUCCUCCCUCACAUCAACACACAACAUCUUCAGAGCUACAUUAAGUUAACCUGCCAUUCUUUCCAGCUGCCAAAAAUGGCUUAGUUUUCUGCCUCUAGUGUUAGUAUUUAGCUGCUGGUCUUUGUUGCUUGAAGUGGUACUUUUUUUCCCAUUGUUUUUAAUUAGUGUUUGGUUUACAGGUACUUUUUUAGUAAACAGGCCGGUGCAAACGGGUUUUAUUUGCCCCCAAAUAAACCCGGCUAGACAUUGUAUGAAGAGCAACACUAGCACGUAAUUUAGCUUGGAGACCAGGAAGUGUCUUGGCCUCAGUUGCUAAGGCCUUCCAGCUUGGUUUAUUUAAAGAUAAAAUGUUUUCUCCUGUGGAAGCUUGUCUGUAGUUUGCCUGCUCGUUUACUUUUCAACUGUUCAAAGUUGCCAAACUGGAACAUGGGAAUGUUUGCAACACUUCAUUUUAAGUCGGUCCCAAAUUAUAGUCCUCGAUUCAUAGUUUUUCUAUUGGAUUUUUUAAACGGGUGACUACGAACACCUUUUGUAGAGUAACAUAAUGGGAGUCACCUUGUUUUACAGGUGGAUUUUUUUGAUUUUUUUUUAAAAUUUUAAUCCUGCUUCUCUCGUAGAGGGUAUCAGUGAGACAAGAGAACCAUAACAGCAAUAUUGCAAUGCAAAGAUAUUGGUUAAAUGGUUGAUAAAUGUAGACAUCAUCUGGCACCGUAAAGUUUGUAUUUAUUGCAUAUAUGUUUACCUGUUGUGAGAUUUUGUUUUAUCCUUGAAACUAAUGCUUUCAUUCAUGCUACUAUAAGACAAGCUUAGCGGUAUUCGUCCUUUUAGUUGUAGUAAAAAAAAGACAAUUAAUGUUCAGAUAUGCUCCUAAAUUAAGUAAUGCCAUUUCAGACCACUUCGCAAGCUUGGGUUAAACCUGCUAGCAGUAUUAUCUCUUUAUUUAAAGCCACUCUGUGUUUGUAUUUAACCUCUGCCUAACCUGUACUGACUAGAGAGAAUGCCUUCUAUAAUCUGGUUGACAAUUUCUUGGAGUGUAGUAGCAGAAAUGGAGCUUUCCUCUCUUGACUGAAGUCCAUUUAAUUGUGAAUUGUAAAAUGUUUAGCAGGUCAUUGUCAGUUGAUUGGAUGCAGUAGUAGUGUUUACUUAAUUUAUCUAUGCAUUGUGCUAUGAAUAAUUAGUUUGUUUCAGGGGUACAACAUGUUUGUUAUGUCCAUAAUUCUUGUUAUGCACCAUGUGUGUACAGACAGGAUCCAUGCAUAUAGACCAUCAUUAAGUUUUUUUUUUGUUUGUUUUUUAAGUAAUUCAGUUCUAAGCCCAGCGUCAGAAGAUACUCACUUUGCGUUUCAUGUAAAUAAUUAGCAAAUAGCCUUUAAAAAGUCUAUUAACUGACCUCUUACACUUGUGAAUCUGUGUUAAUACAAAGGUUUUAAUUUGAUUCCUUGUCAAAAAGGCAAUAAUUUGUAGAUAUGUACAGAUAUUUUGGGUUUUGCAUUUUACCAGUUGACUUGGUGUUUGAAUUUUUAUUUUUGUUUUUUCUCUCUUUGGAAAAGUCAUGAUACCCAGAACCCCCUCCCCGCCCCACAGGACCCAGCUGAAACCACGCAUGCCAGCUGUGUCCAUUUUCUCAAGUGUACCACUGAAAACGGUUUUACCUAAAGACGUAUUGAUAUGACUCAGUGUUGCAGAUUUGCAUUCAAAACUUGCAGCCAUGUGUAAAAGACACUCAUCUUUCUUUCCUCGAAAAAAAAAACAAACCUUUUUUCCAUGUCGUUGUCUAUAUUUGUCUCGAUGGUAAAGGGAUGGCUGCUGCUCUAAGUAUGUGGAGAGCUAGUUUCUCUUUUAAUGCAAUGUGCAUAAUGCAGUAGGUCCUCCGAGCUCUUCUAGCUUUAGCAGUGCAGUGAUAUUUAUUUCACCUGUGGUUUGUACAAAGACUCAGAAAAACUGUCAGAAUGUAAAGGCCAUUAAGUAGUAGAAGUAGGUUUUUUUUCACCACUCUGUGAACUCUCGAAAAUGUGAUAUUUUAUUGAUAUCUCAUGGUAUGAGACUUGUGUGUGCAAGCAAGCACUAAGCAAAUUUAUUUUAUAUUUUGUAUUGUGUUUUGAAGUUUUAAAAA